CUACUCGAGCACAGUUAUCGCGAGUCUCUCUCUCUCUCUCUCUCUCUCUCUCUCUCUUCGCCUUUGAAGCACAGAAAGUCUCUUCAAUGGCUUCUCUACUGAACACAGUCUCAUCCAUACGAUUAUCGAAUGCCAAGACUAAUCGACUUCGAACUCGAACUGUUCCACCUCCAAUUUCUCUUUCUCUCACUCGUCGGAGAUUGACGGUGAGAGCGACGGAGACUGAUGCGAAUGAAGCAGUCAAAGCUGAGGCACCAGAUAAGGCACCUGUGGCAAGUGGUUCGAGUUUCAAUCAGCUUCUGGGUAUCAAAGGAGCCAAGCAAGAGACGGAUAAAUGGAAGAUUCGUCUUCAGCUUACAAAACCUGUUACUUGGCCUCCAUUGGUUUGGGGAGUGGUUUGUGGAGCUGCUGCUUCUGGAAACUUCCAUUGGACUUUGGAUGAUGUUGCCAAAUCAAUUGUUUGUAUGCUAAUGUCUGGCCCCUGUCUUACAGGCUAUACACAGACACUCAAUGAUUGGUAUGAUAGAGAGAUUGAUGCUAUUAAUGAACCUUAUCGGCCUAUUCCUUCAGGAGCAAUAUCUGAGAAUGAGGUAAUUACCCAAAUCUGGGUGCUGCUUUUAGGAGGCCUUGGUUUGGCUGGUUUAUUGGAUGUGUGGGCAGGGCAUGACUUCCCUACAAUAUUUUACCUUGCUAUAGGUGGAUCCCUGCUAUCUUAUAUAUACUCAGCUCCACCUUUAAAGCUCAAACAGAAUGGAUGGCUUGGUAAUUUUGCUCUAGGAGCAAGCUAUAUUAGUUUGCCAUGGUGGGCUGGUCAAGCUUUGUUUGGAACCCUUACACCUGACAUAAUUGUUCUCACACUCUUGUACAGCAUAGCUGGGCUGGGCAUUGCCAUCGUAAAUGACUUUAAAAGUGUUGAAGGAGACAGAGCACUUGGACUUCAGUCACUUCCUGUGGCUUUUGGUUCGGAGACUGCUAAAUGGAUUUGCGUUGGAGCUAUUGAUGUUACUCAGCUAUCUGUGGCUGGUUAUCUUCUAGGGGCUGGUAAACCGUUUUACGCCCUAGCCCUUCUUGGUUUAAUACUUCCACAAGUCUUUUUCCAGUUCAAGUACUUCCUCAAAGACCCGGUCAAAUACGAUGUCAAAUACCAGGCUAGUGCCCAACCAUUUCUUAUACUUGGCCUUUUGGUGACUGCUUUGGCAACUAGCCAUUGAUCAUCACAAGUAUACCGUGCCGAAGCCAAAAGAAGAGAAUACUAAAAAUGUGCAGCAACAAUUGACAGGCCGACAAACAGCUUCUGCCACACAUUUUAAGGUUAGACCAAAGUUUUCCCCCAUCCCAUUUCAUGAUGUUCAACACAAGUUCAACCUAGGCAGGUCACCUCUUUUUUUCCUUCUUUCUACGAGUGUUAAACUAAAAAGUGAACUUGAUUGUUGUAAAAAGUUCAUUUGUGAGUCAGAAUUUGUAUUUUUGCUUACUGUAUUCUAUUUCAAUUAAAAAUUGAAAGACUCCUCUUGUUAACUAGGUUACGUUAUUAGUAACAAUUUUUUAAGACA